UCUCUUUCUUUUUAGUACACAUAUUGGCCCCUAAGAAGAAACUAAGGUUGCAUGGUGGUGGAUUUAAACAAUGGUCCAAACAAGAACAAUCCAACUGAUCAUCUUUUGUCUGCUUAUUAUUUCUAUGCAAGUUUUGGUGCAGCUGGGAGCUUCAACAAAUUCUGGUGACUAUGUUGUGUUAGAGUCACUGAAGGAAGAGUGGGAAAACAUACCUCCAAGUUGGGAUGGGUCUGAUCCUUGUAACGAUCCAUGGGAAGGCAUCGACUGCAACAAUUCACGUGUUAUUUCUAUAAAAUUAUCAAGCAUUAAUCUGAAAGGGGAGCUAUCUGGAGACAUCGAAGGCUUGUCUGAAUUGCAGAUAUUGGAUCUAUCAUACAACAAAGGCUUGACAGGUUCACUCCCUCAAUCAAUUGGAAAUUUGAAGAGUUUAUCAAUUCUGAUCCUUGUUGGUUGUGGGUUUUCUGGACUGAUACCAAACACAAUCGGAUCCCUUAGCCAGCUGGAAUAUCUAUCUUUGAAUUUAAACAACUUUAUCGGACCGAUACCAGCUUCUGUUGGUAAUUUAUCAAAGUUACGUUGGCUGGACUUAGCUGAUAAUAAGCUCAGUGGACCUCUUCCAGUUUCACCUGGUCUAGACAUGCUUGUUCACACAAAGCAUUUUCACCUGGGGAGAAAUCAGUUCUCAGGUGAGAUUCCAGAUCAGCUAUUCAGCUCAAAUAUGACUCUCAAGCAUUUGCUGCUUGAGCAAAACCAGCUUACUGGAAAAAUACCCCCUUCAUUAGGACUUGUGCAGACUCUGGAGGUGGUUCGUCUUGACAGGAAUUCAUUAGACGGAUCGAUUCCAUCAACCCUCAAAAAUCUCGCACUUAUGAGUGAACUCUUCUUAUCAAACAAUAAAUUCACUGGCCCCCUGCCCAAUCUUGCUGGCAUGAAUGCCCUCUACUACUUAGAUAUGAGCAAUAAUACAUUCAGCUCAGCUGAUUUUCCGCAGUGGUUUUCAACUUUGCAGUCAUUGACGACUCUGGUAAUGGAGAACACUCAACUUCAAGGAGAAAUUCCGCCAACCCUCUUCAGUCUUUUUCAGUUGCAGACUGUCAACUUGAGGGGAAACAAGAUCAAUGGAACCCUGAAUAUUGCAUCCAACUAUAGCAGUCAAUUAAAACUGAUUGAUUUGCAGAACAAUUCCAUCGAUGCAUAUACAGUAAGACCUGGAUUUCCUUUUCAAAUAAUACUUAUGCAUAAUCCAGUUUGUUAUGAAGAAAGAUCAGAAGACUAUUGUGGCAUUUCCCAAACGAACUUUGUAUAUUCAACUCCACAAGAAAAUUGCCUUAAAACACAAUGCAGUUCUGAUCAAAUUCUUAGCCCUACCUGUAAAUGUGCUUAUCCGUACACAGGCGACUUAUUCUUCAGAGCUCCUUCCUUUUCUGACUUGACAAACACAAGCAUUUAUGAGUCACUUCAGAAGUCUAUGCUAUCUUCUUUUAGCCCAAAUCAGGUGCCAGUAGAUUCAGUUUCCUUGAGUAAUCCAAAAAAGAAUUCAGAGUACUACCUUGUGUUGCACCUGCAAGUUUUUCCAUUUGGCCAAGAUCAUUUCAACCGUACAGGGAUUGCCACAAUUGGAUUUGCACUUAGCAACCAGACUUACAAACCCCCACCAAAGUUUGGACCAUUCUUUUUCAGUGGUGAAAGCUACAAAUACUUCGAAGUUGGAUCAAGAGGAACUCACAAGUCAAUCACUAAAGGAAUUAUAAUUGGAGCAGCUGCUGGUGGUGCUGUCCUUUUAAUUUUAUCAGUAAUAAUAGGAGUUUUAGUUUGCCAAAAGAAAAGAGAUCAAGAAGCUAUUAGAAAGAGUAACCCUUUCGCUACAUGGGAUUCUAUAAAAGACAGCGGUGGUGUUCCACAGUUAAAAGGUGUCAAAUGUUUCACAUUUGAAGAGUUGAAAAAAUACACCAAUAAUUUUUCAGAAAGCAAUUACAUUGGAUCUGGUGGUUAUGGGAAGGUAUACAAAGGCACACUUCCAGAUGGACAACUUAUUGCAAUUAAACGAGCAGAACAAGCAUCUAAGCAAGGCGCCCUCGAGUUUAAAACUGAGAUUGAGAUUCUUUCAAGGUUUCAUCACAAAAAUGUUGUCAGCCUUGUAGGAUUUUGUUUCAGGCAAGGUGAACAGAUGCUGGUCUAUGAGUUUAUACCAAAUGGAUCCUUGAAAGAGAGUCUUUCAGGAAAGUCCGGGAUUAAGUUAGAUUGGAAGAGGAGACUUCGGAUAGCCCUUGGAGCAGCCAGAGGUUUGCAAUAUCUUCAUGAUCAUGUUGACCCUCCUAUCAUCCACAGAGAUAUCAAAUCGAAUAACAUCUUGCUGGAUGAGCGCUUGAAUGCAAAAGUUGCUGAUUUUGGUCUUUCCAAGACGAUGUGUGAGCCAGACAAGGGUUACGUCAGCACUCAGGUUAAAGGAACAAUGGGCUACAUGGAUCCAGAGUACUACACAACACAACAGUUGACUGAGAAGAGUGAUGUCUAUAGCUUCGGAGUUCUGCUGCUAGAGCUUAUAACAGCACGGAGUCCAAUUGUGAGAGGAAAAUACAUUGCGAAGGAAUUGAGGCAAGCGAUAGACAAGUCUAAAGACAUGUACAACAUUGAUGAGUUUGUUGAUCCUGCUAUCCCCUCAAACAUGACACCUAUAAGCUUCAGGAAGUUUGUGGAUCUAGCUUUCACGUGCCUCGAAGAUGCAGGAGCUAAUAGGCCAACAAUGGCUGAGGUAGUGAAAGAGAUUGAGAAUAUCAUGGAAAUAGAUGGAUUGAACAAUUGUGCUGAAUCCAGAUCAACUUCUGUGAGCCACGAAGGAACCAGCGCAACCUUUGAUCAUCCUUACAGUGAAGAAAGCCUAAAUCGUUACAAUGGGGUCACCAAUUCGCGAUAAACACCAACUCUUCUCCUGGAACCAGGUACAUUGUCAUAGAAAUGGAAAGUGUGAUUCAAGCAACUGUUGUGCUUUUGUGUUAGCUGUGUACAUUCUGUGAACCUCUGUGUGCGGCGUAAACAGCCUUGUAUGUUUCAACUGUUUGCUUCUGAUAAUCCAGGAGCUAGACUCCGUGGAUUCAAAAUGAGUGAUUUUAUUGUACGUAUACAUUUUAAUUUUGA